AUGGCAGCCCUAGGUCGAAUUGGCACAUAUUCGUUUGAGGUCAUGUCUGUAUCCAGUUCACACACCGAGGAUCCAAUCCCUGAACCUAAACGGGGGAAGAUGCAGCCGCAUGAUGAUGCCUUAGUGGUUACCCUUCGGAUAGGGAGCUAUGACGUAAGGAGGGUCCUAGUAGACCAAGGCAGUGGUGUAGAGAUUAUGCAUCCUAAUCUGUACAAUGGACUUAAAUUGAAACCCGAGGAUCUAGUUAGCUAUGAUUCUCUUCUAGUGGGAUUUGAUGGGAAGACUAUUAUCCCAAAGGGCAUGAUUAGAUUGCUUGUUCAAGUGGGGUCAGAAGUGAUGGAGGUGAACUUCAUUGUGGUGGAUGCUUACUUACCUUAUACUGUCAUCUUAGCAAGACCGUGGCUGCAUGCCAUGGGAGCUGUUUCUUCGACUCUGCAUUUAAAGGUGAAGUAUCCCUCCGGGGACCAUGUUGAAGAGUUGAUUGGAAGCCAGACCAUGGAGAGGGAGGAAUUGUUGGCUUUCCUUAGGAGGAAUGUGGAUGUAUUUGCUUGGAAUGCCUAUGAAACUCCUGGAGUAGAUCUAAAUUUCAUUUGUCAUCAUCUAAAUGUCAACCCAACCAUUAUCCCGAAGAAGCAACUACCUUGGCACUCUUCUAAAGAAUAUGAAGAGGCUAUCAAGGAAGAAGUGGUGAAACUUAAGUGUGCAGGGGCAAUUAAGAAAGUUUUUUACCCAGCAUGGUUGACCAAUACAGUUGUGGUGAAGAAGAAGUCAGGGAAGUGGAGAGUCUGCGUAGAUUUCACUGACUUGAAUAAAGCUUGCCCUAAGGAUCCUUUCCCGAUUUCUCGAAUAGAUCAAUUGGUGGAUGCUACGCGGAUGAUGACUAGAAUGUUUGAAUCCCAACUUGGCAAUAAUAUUGAAGUUUACAUUGAUGAUAUGGUCGUGAAGAGCAAGGUGGUGUUCGAGCAUUUGAGUGAUCUUGGAAAUGUAUUUGAGGUACUAUGGAGACACAAAUUGCGUCUCAAUGCUUCGAAGUGUUCUUUUGUUGUUAGUUCUGGUAAAUUUUUGGGCUAUAUGGUCACCCAUUGUGAAAUUGAGGUUAAUCCUGAUCAGAUUAAGGUGAUAAGUGACUUACAACCUCCUUGGAAUCCUAAAGAAGUGCAGAAGCUAACUGGGAUGACUGUAGCCUUAAAUAGAUUUAUUUCCCAGUCAACAAACAAAUGUAGACCAUUUUUCCAGCUUCUGCACAAGUGGAAGGGGUUUGAAUGGAAUGAGGAACGUGCCCUUGGCUUCUAG